UUGCUAAGUUAGUGGGCGCCAAUAAAAUGGUCAAAACGGUCUUGCAUAUGAAUGAUGUAAAUGUUAUUUUUCUGUAAUAUGUUAGGGAUGAGUGUGAGGAAGACAAUACGUCUUUUCUCGAGCUCUUCUCUUCAUCGCUUGACGUGCAAACAAAUGAGAACAAGCGGUCAAAUAAAGAGGGUCUCGAUCGAAGGAAACAUUGCGGUCGGAAAGUCAACAUUUGCCAGGCUGUUGCAGAAAACAGAACAGGACUGGGAAGUGAUAGCAGAGCCCAUCAGCAAAUGGCAAAAUGUGGACCAAACCGACCAGCAGACCGAACACUGUCCUCCACAGCCAACCAGUAACCUGUUACAGAUGAUGUAUCAUGAUCCGAAGCGCUGGUCCUACACGUUCCAGACCUUCUCCUGCAUGAGUCGCAUGCGCUCGCAUCUUCAGCCGCUGUCUGCCGGAUCACGUCAGUCCUCGGGCUCGCCGGUGCGCGUGUACGAGCGCUCGGUCUACAGUGACAGGUACAUCUUUGCUUUGAAUAUGUUUGAGCUGGGCUGUAUAAACUCAACAGAGUGGGCUGUGUAUCAAGAUUGGCACUCGUUUCUGGUGGAGCAGUUUGGUCAUCGAGUUCAACUGGAAGGCAUCAUAUAUCUCCGAGCAUCUCCACAGACCUGCAUGGAGAGGCUAGGCAGAAGAGGUCGAGUGGAGGAACAGGGAAUUCAGCUCGACUACCUCCAGAAACUGCACACGCGACACGAAGACUGGCUCCUCCACAAGACCACGAGGGUUCAUUUCGAGCACCUGGCGAAGGUGCCUGUGCUGGUUAUAGAUGCGGAAGUGGAGUUCGAGAAGGACCCGAAGGUACAGGACGAUCUCUUAACAAAGAUUAGACAUUUUUUCAGUGAUUUAUAAACGGCAUCGUGGGACCGAAGCCAACUGAAUGCAGAAGAUCUUCAUCUCUAAUGUGGUUUUCUCAAUGUUUACAAAGAUAAAGUUGAUUGGUUGAUGUUGGCACAGAAAUAACACAUGACCAAUAAUGGCUCACUUUAGCAGGAAGCCAAUCCGUAAUGCGUCAAGAUGUUCUGCAUUGUUGUUAGGAAACUGUACUGUGACGUAUAUAUGUUAUGUUUUAUAACCUAUAACCAGACCUAACUUCUAUAAGUGGGAUAUUUCUUGUGUUGUUGUUUUUAAUUCUUAACUUAUUUCAGUAAACCUACAUACCUUAAAAGUGUUUGAAUCAAGUGGAUUUCACUUCAUUUCUGACGUGUGUGAAAGAUAUGAAUGUGCCGCGUUGAUAAGUAGACUUUGUAAAAAACAUUUAUUUAUUGUGUGAGCUUCAAUACCAAAACAUGUUCAAAUAAAUUGUUUUUCUUCAA